AUGACGAGAGACAAGGAGCGAAGCAGUAACAAUCGUUGGGGAGAACUGGAGAUGGAAUGUAACGAACUGUGGACGGCAAAGGUGGCAGCAGUCCGCCCGCAGCUGGAAGGCCUACACAACACCGAUUUGGGUUUCUUGGUCCGAAACCUGUCUCAGGUGGCACGCACCGUCGCCUCCUUCAACUGGGUCUCCACGAGCAUCGCCUUCCUCAACGACACCGUCGCUUCCAGUACGCGUACCACAACGGCUCUGCGUGGCGAGGUGACCAGCAUCCGAACGACCUUGCGAGAUCGACUGGAUCCUCUAGUCGCCAACGUCUCCCGUCUAAGCCAGCAGGUAGCCCUCGUGACUCCCGACGGCGGACAGCACCUGCAGAAUAUCAACGACGGCCUCACGCGCCUCCAGCAGGAGGCAACGCAGAGGCAGCAAGCGAUACGUAAUCUGGAAGAGCGGAUCGUUCCCCGGAUCCAGGAGAGCGUUGCGUAUCUCCAGGGCGCGAUAGCCAGCCUUUCAGAGGUUCAGAACAGGCUACAGGCUCUGGAAUCUCAAGUCAACACCAAUGACAGUACCACGGAAGAUUCCAACACCUCUCGGAGUGUUAGGCGAGACAUUAGGAAGCUUAAACGUGACGUGGACCAGCUCAACAGUCGCCUGCUCCUGGACGAGUGCGAGAGCGGGCCGUGUCGCAAUGGAGGCACCUGCAUUGACAGCUUCCAGAAAUUCCGCUGUCUAUGCCCCAGUGGUUGGACUGGGAGUACCUGCGACGAAGACAGAAACGAGUGUUAUGAGUUGCAAGGCACAGAAUUUGGUUGCUAGGUAAGAGAACCUGGUGAUAAUAGU